AUGGAAACUGAACAAGGUGAAAGUACCCCAAUGUUUUUGAACCUUCUUUCUACUGAAAAUCAAAAAGCGUACAAAGACUUGCAGAGCAUUCUUGCAGCAAAAGAUCAUCGCUACAAUCGUAACAAGCGCAUCGUAACCUUUCAAGACAUGCUUUCUCAGAUCAAAGAAUUUUGCGUCAGAGGUGAUUCUAAUGACUGGAAGCGCUACUUAGUCUGCGGUAUUUGUUGGAUUAAUAAUGAUAUCGCAAUUAACACAAGACAGCUUCGUAUCUUACUCGGAAAAAGCAAAUCUACAAUCAAUGGAGCUUUUUCAAAGAUGGGAUAUGAGACUCUUCCAUUCAAAAACAACGAUAAUCACUUAGAAGAGAUUAUUCCUUUCCUGAAAGGUAACUUUUCGGAAGCACGCCAGUGGACAGUUAGACGCAACAUUAGCAACGCUGUAUCAGACACAGAAAAGAUAGAAGAAGUGAAGUCACCAGAACCUAUUAAAUACGCUAAAACACCAGAGCCUAUUGUUGAAUACCAAGCCCAGGAACAAGAUUUCAACACAUUCGAUGAUUUUAAUGCUACAGAAUUCUCUUACGACCAGAUUAUCGAACCAGCAUUCGAUUUUAAGACAGAUUUUAAUUUCGAUGCUUACGAAACAUCUGCUCUUAAGUUUGAAGAAGAAUACCCAUUCCCACCACAACCAACAACAACAAAUGUUUUCGCUUUCAAAUACUUUUAA